CCGGCGGCAGCAGUAGCGCGGGUCCCGUCCCUGGGGCACUGUUGCCUAGCAACGCGUUUCCCUAGCAACAGCGGGGAUAACAGCGCGGCGGCCUGGACCGCGGCUGCCGGGAGGGAGACGCAUCCUGAAGCGGGACCAGAGCGAGCGAGGGUGCUUCUCGGUGUGUGCCCAGGGCCCCUCGGCGAGGAAGGCGCUUCCCCUUGGCCAAGGGAUGACGGCGCAUUAUGCCCAGGAGAACAUCUGUAACCUCCUGCCCAAGCUAGAGAAGCCUGUCAGACCGCUCAGGAAUAUAUCCGCAGCUAGACAACCAGUGAAACAUGACACAGAGAAGAAUAAAGCUCAGUGGAAAACUAUGGGACCAGCAAAAGUUGCAGUGCCGUCUCAAAAAAAUUUUCUGAAGAAACAUUCAAAGGAACCCAAGCUGCCAGAAAGAAAGAAAGAACAGGAUAGUAAGAAAUUGCCUGCAUUAUCAGUGCCACAGAGGACGUAUCACCCAGUUACAGAAAUUCAGAAUAGAAAGAAUUUUAUAAACGCAAACGUAGUUGCUGCUGUGACGGCAUUGCCUAAAAAGCCUCAACCUAUUUAUGUUGAUAGAAGACAGGGAGAUAAAUAUCUGCUUGAAACUUCAGGACUUGUUCCCAAAUAUAUUAAAAAAAAGGAUUAUGGUGUUACACCAAAAUAUGUGACACAGAGAAAUGAAGAGAAGAAAAGAGCUCAGAAAGAAUAUGAGGCCAGUAUCUUGGAGCAUCUCCAGAAAGUAGCCAUGAAACAGCUAUCUGACGAAGAAAGGACAAGUCUUCUGCAGGGGCUGAAAAAGAACUGGGAAGAAUUGUAUCGUGAAUUUCAGUGUCUUCCAGUAGAAAUAGACACCAUACUCAAGAGGCUCUAUAAAGAAAAGCUGGAAUCACAGAUGAGACAACUGGAGCAUGACAUAGAAGUAAUUGAGAAGCACAAAGUUAUCUACAUUGCAAAUGAGUAAGGACUGAUUUUCAGAUAUGGGCUCUUUCCUCCUUUUUUCUUUCCCUGUCCCUACAUCUCCAUGCCCCUAAAUUCUCAGAAGAAACUGAUGCUGUCAACUAUUCAGAAGGAAAUACUCAACUAAUAUAAGAAUGCAGCUUCUUAGAAAAGUUGUUAUAUAUAGCUCUCAUCUGUGUAAUUCACUAAAUGUUUUGAAAUAAAAUUCUUAAUUAAAUUUUGAGUAUAAACUGAUGAAUUUAUUAUUCUUUGUAAUUUUUAUUAACUACUAAGAUUACUAUAAACAUAGUACAAAAAGCAUAAAAAAUACUCUUGCAUGUGUUUGGAGCACUUCUUUCCUUGCGUAGCCAAAACAAAGUGAAAUAAUUGGCUGAAGACAGCUUGGUAAAUAUAACUUCAGGGUGGGAUGGCUUCUGGACUAGUUAUUAAGGAGCUGUUACAGUUUGCUUAAAAGCUUAAAUGACUGUAUUUCUAAACAGCUUGGGUUCUGCAUAAUUUUUUGUGUUCUCAUUUUUUUUUACCGAACCCGAUUUUUAUAGUGGAAGCCCGUAAUAAUAUAGACUUCACACAAUAUAAAUACCACAUGUAGCUUGCUGUUUGUGUUUAUGUAUAAACAAUUCUGUAAUACUAUAGUAAAACUACAACUGAAGUAGAAAGACAAGUUUUGUUUUCUAUUAUAUGUGUAAUGUUAGAAUGAAAGCUAUAUACUAGAAUGUGAGUCAAGACCUAGGCAGAAAUCAUAGCAGCACACUAUAUUGCAUAUUUUGUAUAAAAUGAAAAUUGUUUUUCUUUCCUACCGCUUAACCUUUGCUUCAGAACAAAGGGGGUUUAUGUGUGGUAUCAGUCAUUACCACCAGCAGCUGUUGUGACAUCCAUAGUAUCUGACAUCAGCAGAGGAUGAAGUAAAAAAUUUCAAAUGAACUAUCAAAAGCUAAAUUUCCCCAUGCAUUAAGUUCCUUUCAUAAAUUUGUCUGGGAAUGGCUUUGAAAACUUCAUGGUGAUUUGGGCUACAGUUCUUAUCUAUGACAUACACUAGGAAAGUGUGGGUGAGCAGGAAUGUGUAUUUUGUUCUUUGUAACUUAUCGUUAAGAAAUCAUGUUUAUUUUUUAAAGAUAUAAGCUGGAAGAAAGCUGUGGUUUUGUAAAACAGUAAUUAUUUCAUUUACUGUUUACUCAAAAGAAUGAUUUGGGCUGUUUAUUUUAACAAAGCCACACAAAUCAUAUGCACUUAAUAACAAGUCACAUUAUCUCCUAGAGAAGUACAAGAUGCCUUUUUUAAGAAAUGCAGUACAAUCAAACAUGGUCAAACUAGAUUUUACUCCAGAAUGGUGUGCAUUCCCACUGUCUUGCUCUCAGCUUUUAGUUACCUGUACAUCAUUUGGCUGAGUUAGGUUGAGGAUCUGGAUUUACUUCUUUCAUUUAUCAUCAGUGCUAACUUUAUGCAAAUGCAAAUUAGGGGAUGGCCUGUCCCAUAAUUUGGGACAAGCAAAGGGCCCACAUUUGGAAACAUGAAUCAUUAACCAGUAAUAAUGACUUGUUUUUGAAACUGUGAGAAGGAUGCCAGGAUAUUAUUGGGAAGUAAGGAAGUAAACAAAGGGGUGGAAAAGCAUUCCUGCUUAGCAGGAGAGGGAAAACUAAAGCUCAUGCACUUCUUUAGCUGAGUCGGCUGUCACUUGUAUCUUUCAAAAGUGCUGUGGGGUUGGUUUUGCUUAAACCUCAUAUAGUGCUUUGCAGGUAGCUCUGUUGCCACACGGGAAGUUCCUCUCUUGAUACAUGCAAAUAGCUUCCAUCGCCCGAUGGGGAAGGAGCUUAUAACUUCUGCCAUCUAUUUUGAUGUGUACUCCAUGUGACCUACCAACAGUUCUGAUUAUGGAAAAAAUACAUUAUCAUGAAAACCGCUGGAAGUACACAUAGAAGGAGAUCGCUCUUACCCUCUGUCUCUGGGAAGUUUGACAAAAUAAAUUUACCGAAUCCAAAGAAUGUCAGUCUGUAUUUCUAUGUUCAGGAAAUACCAGUAUUGGAAGUGUAAUGUUCAUGAAUCAACUACUAUGUACCAUCAGUAUAGCUAAAGCAAAAAGUCAACAGAAUUUUUCCUUCAUAAGAUAUAAUAUUAACAGAAACAAGUCUGUACAAAGGCUAAAAUAUUUACCAGUUGAAAUGUUCUCUAAAUUCACUCGUCAAUUACUGCCAAUCAAUGAAAUAAUGAGAAAGAAAAGUCAUCAAUAUGCUUCUAGUACCUCAAAAUUAUUUUAUCACACUGGUGCUUUGUAAAGGUCCAUAUUAAAUUGGAUAACCAUCACAAAACACUUGCUAAGUGGGGUCUGAAUGCUCUAUCCAUCAGCAAGAGUUAUGUUGCCACAAACUGAAGAUAUUUCCUGUUGGAAGUUGUGCAUGACCAAACUGUGUGUCUAUUUUUAAAAAUAGCAACAUGAAAUUAUGAUAAAUAUCUCACUGGCUGUUUUUCAUAAUGAUACUAUUUAUAUCCAGGAAGGAAGGGAUCAGAUAUGGCAUCGUCACAAACACAGGGAGUUCCUGAUUGUAUGGCUCCGAUAGAGCUGCCUCGAGCGAGCAUCAGAUCUGUCAGGGGCAUAGGGCUCCAUGUGGCUGGUCUCAAAGCAUGGUGGUUUCUUGGGCUCUGUGUGCAAGAGUUCCUCAAACUCUUCCUUGCAGAGGGGUAACCUCAUUCCCCUCAUGAAACAGUAACGGCAAAAUUCUCUGGGAGAAAUAACACAGGAGAAAUUGCUCAUUGAUUUUAUUUUCCUUAGGUCUCUGUAGGUGAGUUUUAUUCUUAGGUGCAUGUUCUGCCCCCUUGAUAUUUUCAUGAAAAACUGGCAUCAUAGGCUGCUGCUGUGAUUGAUCUGCCACAAAGCUACAAUCAAGUCCUUUCACUGGCUUACCUUUCAGGGAAAACAUCAUAUCUAAUGAUUUCCGCCGUAAUGAAGGCAGGCAUCUUUCAGAUAAGAAAAUUUCACAUAUAUGCAGAUUAAUGGAAGUCCUAGAUAAAUGCUAGUCCUAGUCAAUGCUCUCAUCCUUGGCUUUAUGAUGCUUGUAAUGUUAAUCAUAUAAAUCAUAUAAUUAGAGGACAGAUAGGUAGCAGAAUCUAUUAUUAAGGUUGCCUGACAUUUCCCAUAGUCACAGAAGCCAGCUGCUGAGCCCUGCAGCUGGUGGGGAUCGUCCACCCCAGUAACUAGAGGCGUAUGGAGCCUGACCAGGCCACGGAGGACUGGCCAU